GACGCCCCGCCAUCGGACUCUUGUACAUUUUUUGUCCUGUUCACCCGUAUUCCUUGACAGCUCUGCACAAUUAUGGGUGUUGUUAGCAGCUGCUGUGACUCUUGUUUCCAUUCACGCAGAUCUCAACAAUAUGAACCCCUGCUGUUAGAGAACGAGCGGGAGGCAGUCGCCGACCUCCUGCAAUUCCUCGAGAAUCGAACCAACACCAAUUUCUUCACUGGCGACCCGCUUUCUGCUCUCACCACCCUCUCCUUUUCUGAUAAUGUCGACCUGCAGCGUAGCGCAGCACUCGCCUUUGCAGAAAUCACGGAAAAGGAAGUACGACCUGUGGGUCGAGAUACACUGGACCCCAUACUUUUCCUUUUGAGCAGUCACGAUACCGAGGUCCAACGAGCCGCCAGUGCUGCGCUGGGCAACUUGGCUGUAAACACUGACAACAAGCUGCUCAUCGUUAAACUUGGCGGUUUGGAGCCUUUGAUUCGCCAAAUGCUCAGUCCAAAUGUUGAAGUGCAAUGUAAUGCCGUCGGAUGUGUGACUAAUUUGGCGACGCACGACGACAAUAAGACCAAGAUUGCUAGAUCUGGAGCUCUAGUUCCUCUCACUCGACUUGCACGGUCAAAAGAUAUGCGUGUUCAGCGUAAUGCUACAGGAGCUUUGCUGAAUAUGACUCAUUCAGAUGAGAAUCGCCAGCAGCUGGUCAACGCAGGAGCUAUACCUGUCCUUGUCAGCCUAUUGAACUCUAUGGAUACUGACGUUCAAUAUUAUUGCACGACGGCUUUGAGUAAUAUUGCUGUGGAUGGUACAAACCGGAAGAAGUUGGCCCAGAGUGAACCUAAACUCGUCACGAGUUUAGUCGCACUCAUGGAUAGUCCAAGUCUCAAGGUGCAGUGCCAAGCUGCUUUGGCCCUCCGUAAUCUUGCAAGCGACGAGAAAUAUCAGCUGGAAAUCGUCAAGGCCGAUGGCCUCACUUCACUUCUUCGUCUUUUGCAAUCCACCUACCUACCUCUCAUCCUCUCCUCCGCCGCAUGUGUCCGAAACGUGUCCAUACAUCCGCAGAACGAAUCGCCUAUAAUAGAAUCAGGCUUUUUGCAGCCCCUGAUUAAUUUGCUAUCGUUCAAGGACAACGAGGAGGUUCAAUGUCACGCGAUCUCUACUCUCCGUAAUUUAGCGGCUAGUUCGGAGAAGAACAAGACGGCCAUCGUAAAAGCUGGGGCUAUACAAUCGAUCAAGGAGCUUGUACUCGAGGUACCGAUGAAUGUGCAGAGCGAGAUGACAGCUUGUGUGGCAGUGUUGGCUUUAAGUGAUGAGCUGAAAGGACAGCUAUUGGAAAUGGGUAUCUGUGAAGCGUUGAUUCCUCUCACAAAUUCGCCAAGCUCCGAGGUGCAAGGCAAUAGUGCAGCUGCUCUUGGCAACUUGUCAUCAAAGGAUGGACGGACAGCUUCUGACGAUUACUCUGCUUUCAAUGAUGUCUGGGAUAAGCCCGAUGGUGGCAUGCAUAGAUAUUUAUACCGUUUCUUGAGCAGCACCGAUGCUACAUUCCAGCAUAUCGCGGUGUGGACCAUCGUGCAGUUACUCGAAUCCGGAGAUCCGCAAUUAAUUAGUAAUAUCCGCAGCUCGACUCUGCUCAACCCUAGCAUCCGACAACUGGCCAGCUCUCGUACGCCGACGCCAACUUCGUCCGUGGGUACACCUCGUUCGCAUCACUCGCAGCAUUCAUAUCAAGAUACGGAUACCGGUGAAGGGCAGGGUGAGAUCCAGUUGUUGGCCAGACGUAUUCUCGACUUUGUCGAUGGAGAAGGUGACGGGGCGAUUCCUCGGAGCGUCAGUGGGUCCCAUAUGCAGCCGGGAUCAUCGUUAGAUGAGAGCUCUAGCGGGCGGGAGCACGAGGAGCUGAGAAGAAGUGUUAGAGAGGCGUUUGGUUCAAGCUCUCACGGACAUUGAGUGUUUCGUGAUUGCCCUGGAGGUUGAUGGCUGUUGAUCGGACUGACUUAGAGGUGUUGAUGCUGCGAGCUUUUUUGGUGCGUGCACGCAUCAGAGAUGGUGCUGUUCUUGUCAUGAUUUGAAGUACUACUACCCGUUUCGAUUUUUGUAGUAUAGUUUUGCAUGAGAGCUACCUUCCGUUCAUUUUUUUCAUUUCUUCCUUUCUGGCUUUAAUGUGAUGUUAGCAUGGGGACUUGAUUGUUUAGUUGAUGAUGACGAUUCUUAUGCUGUCCAUAAUAUUAUACAAAUACAUGUUUUAUUCCACUGCAA